AGAUUUACACUCCGGAAAUAUCUUGCAAGAUCUUCUGCAUAAUGCGUACAUCACUGAUCUGGGUCUUUCAACAUCGUCUGAUAUUAAACAAGAUGGUAAAAUUCAUGGUGUCAUGCCGUACGUAGCUCCUGAGGUCUUGAUUGGUCAACAAUUCACCCAAGCGGCUGAUAUAUACUCUUUCGGUGUUAUUAUGACUGAAAUAUCUUCUGGAAAAAAAGCAUUUGAUAGCGUUCCGUUUGAUACUAAACUUGCUAUACAAAUUCGUAAAGGAAAUCGACCAGAAUUUGGUAAAGGAACUCCAAAAUGCUAUGUGAAAUUGGCCAAAAGAUGUAUGGAUUUUGAUCCAAAUAGACGACCAACAGCCACAAUUAUCAGCUCAAGAAUCGUCGGUUGGCUUGAUGAUAUGGAACAGGAGGAUGAAAUGGAUCAUAAGGAUGAAAUGGAACAGAAGAAUGACAAUGAUGUCAAAAAACAAUUCUUAGAAGCUGAUAAAUUAAUACCAAAAAUCGAAACACCGACUUAUCCAAGCCAUAUUUACACGAGCAAACUAAUUGACACAGAAGAGAUAAACAAAGCUUUAAAUUAA